GUAGUGCUACGGGUUCUCCGAUAAGUAAAGGCAAGGAAAGACGGUGAUAGAAAGCAAAGAGAAGACCAGAGCAGAGAACGGAAGAGGAAAGAUGAAUUCGGAUUUUGGCGUUCCCCGGGAGCUCUCUGAGCUCCAGCAGAAGAGAGCUGAGUACCAUCCCGAGCUCCCUCCUUGCCUUCAGGGGACAACGGUAAGGGUGGAGUUUGGCGAUUCAACUACCACUGCGGAUCCAUCUAGUGCGCAUGUCAUCAGUCGGGCCUUUCCACACACAUUUGAGCAGCCGUUGGCUCAUUUCUUGAGGGCAACAGCAAAGGUCCCUGAUGCUCAGAUAAUAACAGAGCAUCCACCUAUGAGGGUUGGCGUGGUUUUUUGUGGGAGACAAUCACCAGGGGGACAUAAUGUUGUCUGGGGCCUUUACAAUGCUAUCAAAAUUCACAACCCUGACAGUGUUUUGCUUGGGUUUGUUGGUGGCACUGAAGGUUUUUUUGCCCAGAAAACUCUAGAAAUCACUGAUGAUGUUCUUUCUACAUAUAAAAACCAAGGUGGUUAUGAUCUGCUCGGACGAACCAAAGAUCAAAUAAGAACAACUGAGCAAGUUAAUGCUGCAAUGACUACAUGCCAUGCUUUGAAGUUGGAUGGUCUUGUCAUUAUUGGAGGAGUCACAUCCAACUCUGAUGCUGCUCAGCUUGCAGAGACCUUUGCUGAGUCAAAAUGUCCAACCAAGGUGGUUGGUGUUCCUGUUACAUUAAAUGGGGAUCUGAAGAAUCAGUUUGUUGAAACAAAUGUUGGAUUUGAUACAGUAUGCAGGGUUAAUUCACAACUCAUAAGCAAUGUUUGCACAGAUGCUCUCUCUGCAGAGAAGUAUUAUUAUUUCAUUCGCUUGAUGGGUCGUAAGGCAUCUCAUGUGGCUUUGGAAUGUGCUCUCCAGUCACAUCCAAAUAUGGUCAUCUUAGGUGAGGAGGUGGCUCUGUCAAAACUUACUAUAUUUGACAUAACAAAGCAGAUUUGUGAUGCAGUCCAAGCCAGAGCAGAAAAAGCAAAAUAUCAUGGUGUUAUUCUUAUUCCUGAGGGUCUUGUAGAAAGUAUUCCGGAAUUGUAUGCACUCCUCCAGGAAAUUCAUAGUCUCCACAACCAAGGUGUUUCUACAGAGAAUAUUUCCUCACAUCUUUCACCUUGGGCAUCUGCCUUGUUCGAAUUUUUGCCUCCUUUCAUCAGGAAACAGCUGCUGCUUCUUCCAGAAUCUGAUGAUUCUGCACAGCUGUCCCAGAUUGAAACAGAGAAACUUCUUGCCCAGUUGGUAGAAACAGAAAUGAACAAGCGUACGAAAGAAGGCACAUAUAAAGGAAAGAAAUUCAAUGCUGUCUGUCACUUCUUUGGUUAUCAAGCUCGGGGAUCUUUACCAUCCAAAUUUGAUUGUGACUAUUCAUAUGUUCUUGGACACAUCUGCUAUCAUAUUCUAGCAGCUGAUUUGAAUGGAUAUAUGGCUACUGUAACAAACUUGAAACAUCCUGUGAACAAGUGGCGAUGUGGUGCUGCUCCACUGACGGCGAUGAUGACUGUGAAGCGGUACUCACGUGGUCCUGGAUCUAUACCUAUUGGAAAACCUGCCAUCCAUCCUGCUUCAGUUGACUUGAAAGGAAAAGUAUAUGAGUUAUUGAGACAAAAAGCACCAAGUUUUCUGAUGGAUGAUUUGUAUAGAAACCCAGGACCACUUCAAUUUGAUGGGUCAGGUGCUGAUGCCAAGACUUACACAUUAUCUGUUGAAGAUCAAGAUUACAUGGGCCGAAUCAAAAAGCUCCAGGAAUAUCUUGAUAAGGUGAGAAGCAUUGUGAAGCCUGGGUGUUCACAGGAUGUGCUGAAAGCUGCUCUAAGUUCCAUGGCCUCUGUGACAGAUGUGCUAUCGGUGAUGACUACUCCAUCAUUCCAUAGCCAGCCACCUCUUUGAGUUGCAGAAGCAUCGUCAGUGGAGAUCUACCGGUGACCUGAAUUUACUUGGUCCCAUUGCUGAACUUAUCCCAGACCACUCAGAUAAUCCUUAGGCAUGAAGGAAAACACACUGCUGAAUCGGGUAAUUAAUAAUUUAUCCAUAUCUUAGCAUCAAUAUUACAUCACUUCUAUGUCGAGGCCCGUCGGUCAUUCUAUAAGAAGGCCUUCCGUUCUUUUCAUUUCCAUAUUAACUAUGGGAAGAUCCAGGUGACAUUUUUUUCUUCUUUUGAUGAUAAAUCUCGGCUGAGAUUUUUGAUGUGGACAGCUUAUUUAUCUAUAAUAGGUUGGUUUAGAGCCAUGCUAGAUUUUAUCCCGAGUACUGUUCAAUGAUACCAACUCAGACAACCAUGUCUACCAGUCCAAAUCCUGGAGCCGAUCCAAUUUAUAAAUUCCAGUCGGAAGACCUACCAAUCACCUACUUUAUAAUUUCUUUGUUCUUGACAAUGUUCCAUUGAUAGGCUGGUCUGCCGAUUGUUUCCUAGUCACCUUCCAUCCAAGGUGUGACAAUUAAGAUCCUUAGGCCCGAAGUCAAGUGCAACCUCCCUUGGUUCCUUCUUUGCCUUUUCAACCAAAAAAAAAGCAUUAGAUGUCAAUUAAAGCAAUGACUCCGAGUUUAUAUGUGAUGCUGGGUAAAUUUGCAUCAAGAAAGCUUGCAUUGUAUAAUAGUUUAAAGCUAACAUGGAUAUAAUAUCAAUCUUAAGACUAUUUUUUUGAAGUUAAACAUGCUUCACUGAGUUCUGCUAGUCAAUUACUUAAGAUCAAUGUGCUUUAUCAAUAGAAACAUCCAACCUGCUCCCAUUGUUAAAGUAUCAUUUUCUCAUUUCCUUUGAACCGAACACAAUAGCAUCUGCCAUCCGCUUACUUUGUCCACCGGUGGCACAUUUAAAUCUUUUCUUACAUUCCAUUUAAAUGAGAUCAACUUUAUGUCACCAUCUCUCAACUUGGCAUCUUACUGGCAGAAGCCACAAUUAUAGUUAUCUGGGCUCCUCCCUUGAAGUGGAAGGCAAAACCCAUCUUCAAAUGGGCAUGGUCUAAGUUGUAACCAAGGGGAUAAAAGAAGCACAGCAUGUUAUGGCCUACUUUGCUUUCCACUAUGGUUCGAACUAAAACUGAGAUCUGGUCGGCACUGGCACCUCUCAUGGCACCCUGGAAAUGCCAUACAGUGCUAUGUGAUCAGAAGACAGUCAUUCAGGCUAACUUGAAAGGAUAAUGGAGAAAUGUUUAUGAGGUGACCAUGAAAUAUCUACCAAGAAGGUGUGGGCUGUGCUAAAUCACACAAAGGAUGGAUCUUAGAUGGCACCACUCCCAUAAAACAGAAAGGCAUUUUACAUGAGUGAUUGGCUACUGAAUGAAGAUAUCAUAAUUUCACAGUUGCAAUAUACUUACCAAGGUUUGGUCCACUUUUUAUGGACAGCUCAUGUACCAUGACACAUUCUUAUGGAACACCACAAAGGUCCUGAUGAAGAAUCUCCACAGCCUCCAAAUGCUGAAAACAGACCAUUAUCAUCACUCAUGUUUCUUGUGCCACUAAAAAAAAAAA